AUGCCAGAUGAGUUUGCUCAGGAACUUGGAAGAUAUCAGCAUCAGCCAUCAAUUUGUAUAAAUAAUAAUUUAGCAGCCAAUGAACAAUUACUACAUUAUGUCAAUGAUGAAGUAGCAGGUGGAUCUUAUAAAUAUUACAGUUUAAUAAAAGGUGAUACAGAUUUAUAUGUAUCACAAUUAAUUAACAAACCAACAUAUGAAUCAGAUCAAUAUUGUCUUCAAUCAACAACUUGUGGUGAUGAUAUUAUAUUUAUACCAGAAAGUUUCAAAAGACCAGUUAGCAUAGGAGUUUACGGUCAUCCAUCUCAUGAAAUAAGUCAGUACAAUUUAUUUGUGUACCAUGUAGCACUUGGUGCUGACGAAAUAGUAGACGAGCAAAGUACAAUCAACAGUCUUGAGACUAGUGUACCAAAAAAAAUAACAAAAAAAACUUUUGUAUUAGCUUUUCUCUGGGCGCUACUCGACGAUUUAAUUCAAGUAUUCUUAUAA